AUGGCUUACUUCUUCUUCCAUUAGCCUUUACUCAAGCCGUCUACUUUUGCUUACAUACACUCAUCCACACCUGAUCCAGAUUAUACAUCGCCACCACUUUUUAACCUGCUCUCUGCGACGACGAGAUCGAUCGACUUCGUUCAAUUAAUACGACAAUCACAUAGCGAAAAUGGCGUCGUUUCAAGAAGCCCCACCUGGCAAUGCCAAGGCCGGUGAGAAGAUCUUCAAAACCAAGUGUGCUCAGUGCCACACCGUUGAGAAAGGAGCUGGUCACAAGCAAGGACCUAAUUUGAAUGGCCUUUUGGGUAGGCAAUCUGGGACAACCCCAGGGUAUUCCUACUCUGCUGCUAACAAAAAUAUGGCUGUUAUUUGGGGAGAGAACACAUUGUAUGAGUACCUGCUUAACCCAAAGAAGUAUAUUCCUGGAACGAAGAUGGUCUUCCCCGGAUUGAAGAAGCCACAGGAACGUGCCGAUCUAAUAGCGUAUCUGAAGGAGUCAACAGCCUGAUCCGUUUGGUUAGUGUGGCUUUUGCAGGUGUAAUAUGAGACAUUAGAAUUGGAUUGAAUGGUUAUUUAUAGUGGAUGAAAUGGGUAAUUGAAAUUGUUUUUUUUAAAGUGGGACUUUUGCAAAUAGAUUAUUAUAAACAACCUUUAUCUAUCGUGUAUAUAUGUGCCAAUUUUCAUUGUAGUUGAAAAUAGAUUACAAAUAGCAAUAGAUUCCAAUUUCCAUGAGAAUGAAGCAACUCUUUGUAUUGUAUGUACCUGCCAAUUUCCAUUCGGCUGAGGUUGCAUGGGCCAUAUUUCUUGAUAUUGUAUUUGAAGCAAUUGUUAGAAUUCCUUAUGAUAAGCAUGUGCAAGCAC